GUCUGUAAAAAGGAAACAGAUAAGAGCGGGAGUACAUAAGGCUGCUUCAACGAAUGAGUCAUGUGAGUCAAAGCAGGCGAGGCGAGGGGAGUCACAGAGCCACAGGUCAAAUUAAGGCGCCCAGGACUCGCUCUUAGGAGAGCACAGCAAACAUGCCUCAACUCAAUGGUGGCGGAGGGGAUGAUCUUGGGGCAAACGAUGAGAUGAUCCCGUUCAAGCAUGAAGGAGAGCAGGAUGAGAAGAUUCAAGAAAACGCUUUCACCGAAAGGGAUUUAGCGGAUCUUAAGUCGUCUCUGGUGAAUGAAUCGGAGAUAAAUCAGAGUCCAAACGUUACUGCUCCAGGGGCGGUCAGACGGGGACAGCAAGGGUAUCAGAGAGUCUAUUCGGACAAGCACAGAGAUGCCCUGGACGAAGUGUCAAAACACCAAGAUGGAGGAUUGUACAAGGCACCUGCAUACUCUGGAUACCCAUUUCUGAUGCUGCCUGAUGCCUACCUCCCCAACGGCUCCAUGUCUCCAUCUUCCAACAAAGUAUCUGUGGUCCAACAGUCCCACGGCAUGCACCCCCUCACCCCACUACUGCCUUACAGCAACGACCACCUCAACCCCAGCCCCGCCCACCUGCCGGCAGACAUCAACCAGAAGCCAGGAAUCCACCGGCACCAGUCCCAGGACCUGUCAGGAUUCUACUCCCUGCCCCCGGGUGGUGUGGGCCAGAUCCCCCCUUCCAUGGGCUGGUUUUCUCACUCCCUGAUGCUGGGCCCUUCGGGCAUGCACCCCACAGGGAUCCCACACCCUGCCAUAGUGCCCUCUACAGGCAAACACGAGCAUGAUCAGUACGACCGCAACAUGUACUCCAAACCCCAUCAGCAGGCGAAGCAGGAGAAGGAACCGAAGAAGCCAGUGAUUAAGAAGCCCCUGAACGCCUUCAUGCUCUACAUGAAGGAGAUGCGAGCCAAGGUGAUCGCCGAGUGCACUUUGAAAGAGAGUGCCGCCAUCAACCAGAUCCUGGGCAGGAAGUGGCACGCCCUAACCAGGGAGGAGCAGGCCAAGUACUAUGAGCUGGCCAGGAAGGAACGACAGCUACACAUGCAACUGUACCCCAGCUGGUCAGCCAGGGACAACUAUGGGAAGAAGAAGAGAAGGAAAAGGGAGAAGCAGCAGGACUCCAACUCAGACCCCGGCUCGCCUAAGAAAUGCCGAGCUCGCUUCGGCCUGAACCAACAAACGGACUGGUGUGGCCCCUGCAGGAGGAAAAAGAAAUGCAUUCGCUUCCUUCAAGGAGGACGCUGUUCCAGCCCCCAUUCUUCCGAUGGAAGUGCUAUAGACUCACCCCCCGCCAGCGCCACCCCCGUGCCCCCUUCCCCGCCCCACGACCCCCCGCUAACCGCCACCGCUGCCCCCCGAGAACUCUUCCCAGCCUCACAAUCGCCCUCCUCACCGUCUGCCAAAGGCGCGGCGGGGGCGCGAAAGAACUGCCCUAACCACUGCCGUCCCCACGCGCUCCCGCCGGCCCACUAGCUCCCCCGGGCCCCCACCGCUCACCCACGAUCCCGCCGUCCACUGCCCUUCCCCCUCCGGUCCUGGAAGUCGGGAAUCUGGGACGUUCCGGAACGCCGACGCCCGCCAGGAGUGCUUGCAGCGAACGAGGAAAACGCGUGGCGGCGACCGUCGCCCCGGCGAAGCGCAUGCCCCCGUCGCCCCUGCCGUCGGCCACUCUCAGCCGCGCCGCGUAACGCCUCAGAGUAAAGUAGCAUUUAACGACACGUAGCUGCUUUGGCUGAUCAGUCUCAAACUAGCGUCGUGUUUAUCGAGGCUCUAUCUAAUGGUGCGAGGUUCUCCUUUAUCUUAUAGGUGAGCUUAUGAUGACAAUGGAACAGACGCCUCGUCAACCACUCUCAUUUAAACACGCUAAAUUCCUUAAAGGGGUUUUGUGCCAAAAAGACUUUUAACAUGCUAUCACAAAGUGAAAAAUAUUUCACUUUUUUUUUUUUUCUUCCUUACAUGUGUUGUUUGUUACCGACGUAUAUUUCAGGUUGCGUUCCAUAAUGUUUCUAGUCGUAGUUCUUUUUCGGAAAAGAGCAGCCAGUCCAGAACUCUUGUUAGGAGUCGUACUGCAAUUUAGCACUAAACCCACAAACCACCUAAAAAAAAAAAUUAAAAAAAAAUCUACAAAACGGUAUUUUUAAAAGCGUCUUUUUGCAGAGGUAUAUUUAACGUAUACUUAAGUGCAUAGAAAAGGUUUAAUCUGAGUAAAUUUAGAGCAGAUAGUAAUUACAUGUGCUAAAAAAAAAUAUGAAAAAUAGCUUAUCUGAGCGUCAAAUAUGGUCUGGAUAAGCAAGGAUUUGUGCCACGGCCACAUUUUGAAAAACGUUAAAAUAUACAGCGUGUCAAUGGCACUCUGCAGUAUGUAUUUUGCUAAAUCUGAAAAUAAUUCCGGGAGACCAUCAGCAAAUCAUUCAAACGAUUUUACCAUUGAAAACACAACUGCAGUUAACUGUUCUAUUUGAAGCGAGUUGUUUGGCCAGCGGCCGUUCCUAUGUCGGCCCGCUGGGACAGGCCAGGCUUCUGUAGUUUGUGUUGGCACUUUGCAUUAUGGGUAAUUAAUGGGGCCGUCACCCAACUGGCCUGUUUUAUAGGAUACGAUUGCUUCAGAGGAGGAUGAUGUACGAGGGGUUUCAACAUGUGGUUUGUUUGGUGUUGUGGUGCCACCUCUGGGUGAGAUUCUGUGCUGGUAUCGAGACUCCACACAAACUGAAUCAUUAUCAUUAUCAAACUAAAGAUUAAAUGUGUACUGUACUUCAUUGUGUUGUAAAUCUUUUUAUAUAAAUGUGGAACUCAUUAUAUAAUAAACUUUUAUAUGUUGUUUUGUAAAAAAGGAAAAUACAAAAAUAUUGAGUAUUUUAAGAAGGAAGUACAUUUUUGUGUUUUGUUUGGUUGUGGAGAGAGCUAAUUCGCAUUUGUGUUCUAAAGCUUCUAUUGUCCAUUUGGCCCUGGGAUUCGAGCAGGCUGUAUCACUGGUCGUGAGUCUGAUAAUUUGUGCACGUACUAAAUCGAAGAGCCAAAAACAAUGUGAAAGCAGUAGCUUGAUCCUGUCUAAGCUGACAAAAUCCUGUAGCCUGCUGUAUACUACGGUGUAUUGGUUCCCAAAAGCUGUAAUUUAAAAGAUGUCCAGCAGGUGGCGAUGAGAAGAAAUCUGUAAUCUGAUUGGAUAUGGUGUAUACAUGACUGUAUAAUGACACCAAAUGUUCUUUUGUAGAAGUGUAGAUUAGUUUCUGUUCUUUUUUUAUGUACUGCAGGUCGCUUGUUAGUUGUAAUUAAGGUCUUUCUUCACUAAAUUUCACAUCAAAGCAUGUGGAAGACAGUUACGCUUUUUUAAGACUGAUGUUGCGACAUGAUGCAAUUUAUUAAAAUUUCUUUGAAUUUUG